AUGUUGACCGUUAUGAAUUAUUGUGGUUUCGGUUAUAUCAGUAUGAUCAUUAAUCUUUCAGAAGUCUUAAUGGCGUUGUAUCUGUUGAAUCGUUGGAAGAAACGUCCUGGUGGGCCUAUGAAUGCUUCUGCGUUUUUGCUGGCUUUAUCUAGUGAAUAUACACCAAUACGGGAAAAAGAAAUGAUCAUUCGGGCAUUUGACGAUUGGGAUAUUUUAACUUCAACGUGGUUUGAAGUUGCUGAUUAUCUGGAUGUUAUUGAAAAGCUUUAUGAGAAUGAAAAAUUUGAACGACGACAUAUCGCCGCUCUUUUGGCGUCUAAGGUAGCUUAUUGCCUAGGUGAUUACAGUGGUGCUUUGAAUUUGGCUUUGGCGGCGGAAGAUGAAUUUAAGUUAACUCCACGACCUAUGUCGCCAUAUGUUGGAUAUCAGGAUGAACAAUACGUGAAUAAAAUGAUCGAACAAGCUCUUGACACAUAUAUGACCGAUAGAUGUGCCGGAAAUGAAGUUGAUCCUCGCUUAGAAACCUUGAUUAACCGCAUUUUUGAGCGUAACAUGAAGCGAAAGGAACUGCGAUAUGUCAUUGGUCUUGCUUUAGAUACCCGUAGAACGGAUAUGAUUUUAGCAGCCAUAAAGGCAGCUGAAGAUCAAGCUGCUUUAUUGGCAGAGACCGUCUCGAAAGUGUUGGAAUCUCAAAUGAACAGAACUUUUAGGAAUCAAGUUUUGGACCUACUGCUAAAUCUUUUUUCUGAAUUAGAAGAGCCUGAUUUUGUAUCUGUGUGUCAGUGUCUUAUAAAGCUUGAGAAACCGGAUGACGUUGCAGAAAUUCUUAAUCGUCUAGUCGUGAACCAGGGAAACGGACUGUUACUUGCUUAUCAAAUUGCGUUUGAUUUGUAUGAAAACGCUUCUCAACAGUUUAUAAAUAAAAUCGAAAAGGCAUUAAUUGUCGAACCCACAGUUUUUGCAUCUUCUGAAACAAUGCAGACUGACGAUCAACAAUCUGUGGUUACUGAUCUAGUUGAAGCUGUUUGCGGACCAGAAGGAUCAUUGAGUUCGAAAAUUUGUUUGAAGGAUAAUACAGUCCGUGAAAGAUUACGCUCAAUUCUUUGUGGUGAACAAACUAUUAAACAUCAUAUGCAAUUUUUAAUCAAAAAUAACCAUACGGAUAUGUUGAUUUUGAAACAAAUGAAAGAAAGCGUGCGAACAGCAUCUGCCCACAAUGCUACUGUUAUUGCUAAUGGUCUCAUGCAUCUUGGCACCACUACUGACGAUUUUCUGCGAGAUAAUUUGGAUUGGAUUAGUAAGGCGACAAAUUGGAAUAAAUUUAAUGCUGUUGCUUCGCUUGGUCUUAUUCAUAAGGGACAUGAAGCCAAUGCUCAAAAACUUCUAGAACCGUAUUUACCAAAAGGUGAAGCGGACCAGUUUGGUUUCAAGGAGGGUGGUUCACUUUACGCUUACGGAUUAAUACAUGCUAAUCAUGGCAAUGCUGAAGUGAUUGGUUAUUUGCGUGAUCAACUGCAACGAGCAACAACUUCAGCUGUCCGACAUGGUGCAUGUCUGGGAUUAGGUUUGGCGGCAAUGGGAACGCAUGACGAAGAUGUGUAUAUUCAACUGCGAGAUUGUCUUUACCAAGAUGAUGCUGUAACUGGAGAAGCUGCUGGAUUAGCGAUGGGUUUGGUGAUGGUUGGUGGCUUGCAUGGCGGGGCAUUCCAAGAAAUGGUUCAGUAUAUUUGUGACACGCAGCAUGAUAAAAUACAGCGUGGGCUUCGUAGCGGAAUUGCUCUUCUUAUGUAUGGUAGGCAAGAAGAAGCAGAAGGUUUCAUAUCUCAGUUAAUGGUGGAACACAAAUCGAAUGCCAUGCUUCGGUCAACAGCAAUGUGUUGCUUGGCUUUGGCAUAUGCUGGAUCGGGCCAGGCAAAUAUUGUUCGUCGUUUACUAGUUUCCGUAGCCAAUGAUCCCAAUCAAGAUGUCAAACGUUUUGCUGUUAUAGCCAUUGGAUUCGUACUUAGCAAAUUUUAUUAA